AUGUUACUGAGUCUGUUGAAGCAUAAUGUUACCAAGUCAAUUAUUAAUAGAAACUGCAUUAAUGUCACUUGUGUAUUUAAAAAAUAUAGCUCUAAAGAAAGUGUUAGUUUAGGAAAUAUUGUAAAAGAAAUUAGUAAUGCUGAGCGUCCUGAAUAUGUGCCAAUAAAGUAUUAUAAUGAUGACAUUCCAAAGAGCAGUUUACACCAUUUAAAAUGGAUUCUACAGAAAGACCUUUUAAAUCAGGAUAUAUUUCUUUUGGGGCCACCAGGACCAAGAAGAAGACAUUUAGCAAUGCAGUAUUUAGAACUGACCAACAGAGAACAUGAAUAUGUAGCACUCAGCAGGGACACUACAGAAUCUGAUUUAAAGCAGAGAAGAGAAAUUAGCGCUGUUAAAGCUGCUAAAGAAGGAAGAAUUUUAAUCCUAGAUGGAAUUGAAAAAGCAGAAAGAAAUGUAUUACCUGUUUUAAAUAAUCUACUAGAAAAUAGAGAAAUGCAUCUAGAGGAUGGACGAUUACUGAUUCCAGCAGCUAGAUAUGAUAAAUUAUUGAAAGAACAUGGUGAGAAAGAACUAGAAAAAUGGAAGCUCGUUAGAGUCGACAGCAACUUUAGAGUUAUUGCGUUGGGUCUACCUGUUCCCAAAUACAGGGGAAAUCCUUUGGACCCUCCUUUGAGAUCCCGUUUCCAAGCCAGAUAUGUCCACAAUAAUAGCUAUCAGUACUGUUAA